AUGGAUUCAGAAAGCGAGCUGUCGGACAUUGAGUAUGAGCCGGCCGCGCUGGGGCAACCCGAAUACAAGCUUCGGUCAGCGCUCAAGCCCCCUCGGACGACCACUUAUACCGCCCAAGCCCUCUAUGAUUUUGUGGCCAAGGUGCACCAGACCUUCCAGAUUGCUGUGGAGAUGGUCAAGGAGAACAAGUCCUUCCUAGCUGUUACCCAGGGCCCCACCACCAUAUCUCUGCUAGACAUGGUGAUGAUGAUGCUGGUGAUUUACCUGUUUAGGGAGAGGAUGCCGAAGGAGGCGCUGGCGAGGUGUGUGCAGGGGAUGAGGCAGUUUGUGCGGAAGGAGCAUACGGAUAUUAGGUGGAAUGCGAGCGUGGUGGCUACGGGCAUGGGGUUUUUGGCGCAGCUGCAGGGCGGGUCGGAGCAGAAACUGCAGCUCGCGUCGAAUGCGCCCGCAAGCACCGGCGUCACCGCACCAGGCAGCGGCGCGCGUCACGAUCCCCCUCCUCCGCCACCUCCUACCGAUACCCCCGCCGCGACGGCGCCCGCCUCGGUCGUGCAUCGCCGCCUCGCAGCGAUGCGAGCAGCGAAGGAGAGCCUGAACGCGUCUAAUCCAACGGCGCCGGCAUCGUCAUCUACGAACGUCGCGCUUCCGCUUCCGCCGACGUCUGCGGGCGCGCGGGGGAUGGCGGGUCCGGCGCGAGGAUCGGCGACGGCGGGGGGGUCGGGAUCAGAGUCGACGGCGGGGCGUCAGGACGUGCGGUAUCAUCCGUAUCGCGGGUCGUCUGCGUCGUCUGCGUCGGGGGCGAGGACGACGUCAUCGCCGGCGGUGCAGCAGGGCGGGGACGUGAGGAUGAAGGACGAGUUUGGGGCUCAUGCGAUGGGAUGGGAUGGGAUGGGAUGUGGAUCUGCGAUGGGAGUCGAGGGAUGGAUGGGGGAUGAUGGGAGGCGAGGUGUGUGGUUGAUGGGCUCUGCCUGGACGGAGGGCGCGGAGCGGGACGAUACCUAGGCCUUGGAAUUCGUGUACAUAGAGUGCCCGUAAGAAGCUUUCAUUCAUUAU